UUUUUUCACAUGUCGCGAAUCGCGAAGAAAGGUUUCAUUCUAUGUAAUUCGAUUGUGAUUACACGUGGUUAUAUUAUAAUUGUUUAAAAUGGAUCUUGUCAAAUCAAUAUUGGAAAAUGAACAAGAAAAAGCCACAGAUCCAUCUAAAUCUACAUUAGUUCAUAAAGAGAUAGAGCUUGACAUUGAUCUGGGAACUUUGCUUGUAUCCGAUUAUAAUGCCUUGAAUAUCAAAACUCUCAAGUCGAAAUCAGACUCAUAUUUAAAAAAUUUAACGAGGGACAAUGUGCAGUUGCUAAUUAAUAAAAUCUGGGAACUGCCAGUAGAACGGGUGGAUGAAACUAUAAUGGUUAAAUUGCCCAAGCCUGAAUAUGUAUUGCCACGUUCACGUGUUAUUCCAAAACCUAAACCUUUGACAAAGUGGCAACAGUUUGCUAAGGAGAAAGGAAUACAGACCAAGAAAAAGGGUAAAUCCAAACUGAAAUGGGAUGAAGAAUUAAAAGAAUGGAUUCCUACAUAUGGUUAUAAACGAGCGAAAGCUCAGGAACAGAAGGAAUGGUUGGUAGAAACCAAUGAUAAUGCUGAUCCAACCAAUGAUCCAUUUGCUAAAGCUAAAUUAGAUAAAAAGGAAAGACAAUCCAAAAACGAAUUACAAAGGCUUCGCAACAUAGCUAAAGCGAAAAAUAUAAAAUUACCAAAAGUUGGACUACCUACUAAAGAUCACUUCCCAAAUCCUCAACAGCUUUCUGAAGCUGUAACUAUAGCACGUACAUCGACUGCAUCUGUUGGAAAAUUCCAGCCUAUGCUACCAAAAGAGAAGGAUGCAAAGGGAAUUGCUAAAGAAGUGCCUGGAAUGAAAAGAAAGAGAAAAGCACUUCCAUUAAAUGUUGUUGAAGAGAAAAGUCAAAAUAAAAACUUAGUGGAUAGCAUUUUACAAAAGAAAACAAAAAUUCUCCAUGAAGAUUAUUCAACAGGAACUGCAGAGAUAAAACAAUCUGCAACAAGUAACAACAAAAAGAAAAAAGGUUCAUUAAAACAGAGCAAAGGUGCUAAAAAACCUAAAGCAGGAAAAGGCAAACGAGACUUGCACAAAAAAGUUGGUGGUAGAAAACGAAGAUAAAAUGAGAUGUUUGUAAUAUCUAAUGAUACACACAAAUUAAAUUUAAAUAAAAAUAAAAAUAAUGAAAUUA